GGGCCUAGCCUAAACUCAAAUAUCUAACUGAAGAAGGGGCAAGUGGAAAGACCCAAACCCGAUCUAUAAGGAACUAAUCGGCCCGGAAAGUGUUGCAGCGUUUAUGCGAGUGAACGUGCAGACAGAAAACGGAACACCGAUCAAAGAUGUGGAGGCGUUUCACUUCACUACCUCUAUUCUUUUCGCAUCUUCAACAGGUGAGAAGAGCUGAUGAGCUGAAGAUUUGUCAAGCAUUUUGUACUGAAAUUGUCAAACCGCCGGUAGAAGGUGAAAGUAAUUCCAGAAGAAAUAUCCCUUUUGUCGCUUUUGUAUUGGGAGGUCCUGGUAGUGGUAAAGGCACUCAAUGCCUGAAGAUUGCUGAAACUUUUGGGUUCGAUCACAUAGGUGCAGGAGAUCUAUUGAGGAAAGAGAUGCAUUCUGACUCUGAGAAUGGUGCCAUGAUUCAAAAGUUAAUGAAGGAAGGAAGUAUUGCUCCAUCAGAGGUGACUGUCAAGCUGAUUAAAAAGGCAAUUGAAUCAGCUGAAAAUCGUAAGUUUCUAAUAGAUGGUUUCCCAAGAAGCGAAGAGAAUAGAGUGGCGUAUGAGAAGAUUAUUGGUGCUGAACCGAACUUUGUGCUUUUCUUUGAUUGCCCUGAAGAAGUAAUGGUCAAACGAGUAUUGAACCGGAAUGAGGGGCGAGUUGAUGAUAAUGAACAUACAGUUAAGGAGCGCCUAAAAGUAUAUAAAGCUAUAACUCUUCCAGUAGCAAACCACUAUGCCAGGAAAGGAAAGCUUUACAAGGUCAAUGGUACUGGAACUCAGGAAGAGAUAUUUGAACGAGUCCGUCCAAUCUUCGCUUCAUUGAGGUUGUCGACAUAAACUGAUUCCUACAGAAGCAAGUGAUAGUAAUUGAAGAAGUUGAAUUUGCUGUAGAAAAGCACACUAGAAUGUAGAUCAAUUCAUGGAAGAAAAAGUGAAAAGGCAAAUUGCUAGUCCAAGUUUUGCUAUUUGUUCCUGCUUUUCUGGUGAAAAAUCUAGAGUCAAACUGCCAAACAUGAAAGAUAAAAUCCGCCUCCUCUGUUGCCAAUCUUUAGGCAAACCAAACCUACCCACUAAUAUAGAUGAUACCUCUCAUCCAGCAAGUUUACAGUUUGUCUUUUUCUUUUCCUUUUUGUUGUAAUUGUUACACAUUACCUUUACUUCUUUCAUGCUAUAACCAGUAUUGCAUACACACACGCGACAUGCAUAAGAAUAACAGUGUUCAAAUACAUUAUUUCUGCAGUCAAGAGUCCUGCAAAUUGUGAUAAUUUCAUGGAAGAUGUUGUAAAAUAAAAUUACAGGCAAUUUUAAUGAUCUCUGUCCAAUCCUGCGACCCAUAUGUAAUGCAUUUGAAUAAAUGGGAGG